GGGGGGAUCCCAAAUGCAUCAUAUAACAUUUAUAGUAAUGUGUUUUUUUUAUGUAAAAAUUCUAACCAUUCACUCCAUCCUUUUCAAAGUACCUUCUUAAAACUUAUUUUGUCGCCAUCACUCUGACCUCUGACCUCUGAGUUUGGAGCAUGGUGUACCUGAGAGCCACACCCCAUUACCUGCUCUCACCUGGCGCUCUCCACCUCCGCCGUCUUGAGGAGGAAAGCAGUUCCUGUAGUGUGUGUGUGUUUGUGUGUGUGGGGGGGACACCGCUGCAGAGACGCAGGCCAUUUAAAUCUGAGGGCUCCUUUAAGAGAACUGCCUCUCCGUAUCUGCUGAUCUGUCACCCGGCUGCAUCAUCCUGCUGCAACUCCCGGCGGGACAACAGCGCUGUCCGCUCGGUGCACCUCAGGAGGAGGAGGAAGUCAUGCUAAACCAUCGAUAAUCGAUGAUGAAAAUCUAAAAUAAAUAAAAAAAACGAAUUAAAAAAAAAUGCGCACUCAAUGCAAAAAAAAGUGAGCUGAUGGAAAAAACAGAAGCGGUAGAUUUUCUUUCCUUCUCGGACGUGCUGCUGUGAAAUGAUGGCCGCGCAGAAAGCAGCUCUGUUUCCGGGCUCUGCGGGAUGGGCGGCUCGUCUUGGUACCUCGCUGCUGGUGCUGCUGUAGUCAGCCUGUCCCGUGGUUCGGCCGGUUCCGCCGGUCGGCAGUCAGCAGCUGCGGUUUGAACAACGUGUGGUUUUCUAAGGGAGAGUGAGCGGCGCCGCUCAGCAUGUCCGGAUGCAGCGAGCUGAGCCUGAGGGAGCUGCCCAUGGAGAGCUGGAUGUCUCACCUGCCAUGCGCCCUGUGGGACACCCCGCUGUACCACCUGGCCAUUCCGGGCAGCCACAACGCCGUAACGUACUGCCUGGACAUGAACGACCGGUCUCCCGUGGACCCCAUGCAGCCGGACAUGCUCCAGAAGCUGGACAAAUACAUGAAGCCCCUCAUUCGCCCUUUUGUGUACAAGUGGGCGAUAACGCAGGAGUUCACCAUAAAGCAGCAGCUGGACUGCGGGGUUAGAUACUGCGACCUGAGAAUCGCACACAGACCCAACGACCACUCCACGGACCUGUACUUCUACCACGGCGUCUACACCACGCUCACCGUCGAGACCGUCCUCUCGGAGAUAAAGGAAUGGCUGGACGCUCAUCCAAAAGAGGUGGUGCUUCUGUCCUUCAGCCACUUCCUCGGUCUGAACCAGGAGCUCCACAUCCGGCUGCUCACCAACAUUCGCAACACAUUCGCCUCCAAACUCUGCCCUAAAACGGAGGUGCUAACUCUUCGAAAUCUGUGGGCUUUGGGCUACCAGGUGAUUGUGUCCUACGAACACAGCAUUUCCAGCUCCCACAGCGACCUGUGGCCUCACAUUCCCUACUGGUGGGCCAACAAGUGCAAAGCCGAGGCGCUCAUCGAGGAGUUUGAGGCCAGAAAGCAACACGGUAGACCAGGCGGUUUCUUUGUCACCGGGAUCAACCUGACGGAGGACCUGAAGUACAUCUGCACCCACCCCACCGAGUCCCUGAAGGACCUGGUGAUGUCCACGUACCCAGCGCUGCUCGGCUGGGUCAGGGAGCAGACGCCCGGCCCCAGAGCGGGCUCCCUCAACAUCAUCGCCGGGGACUUCAUCACAGAGAGCCACUUCGCACCCACCGUCGUCACGCUGAACGAGAAGCUGCUGAAGUGGUCCUCAUGACUUCUCUCUCUAGAAAAAGCGCAGAGCGUCUGCAGAAGCAGGGCAGACAUCAGAGCAUGUAAAGUCGUUACACAAGUUUGUUUUGAUCGGAUUGAUGAAAACAUUUUUUUUUUUACCUCUUGAAUUAUUUAUUUGACCGUAAAUGCACUUACG